AUGGCAUACACGUUGGCUUUGCAUAUUAAAAUGAUAGUUGACAGGGAUGUUGACGCGUGGUGUUGGGGCAGGGUGAAGAUGGAUGCAGUCACUUUCAUUUUCACCGGCAACUUGAAAGAUCUUGCUUCAGUUGGUGGCAGAAACAGUGAGACGUUCACUCAAACUAGGAGCCUGAGAUAUAGCUGUUAUGGAAUUGUUCAUGCUAGGACAUAG